AUGGCCCGGCUGCUGCUUCUGCCCAUGCUGGCGGUCACCUUGCCGGCUGAAGCGUCUGAGGCACCCGAGACUUGUGCGACUGCGUGGGUCCAAUGCGGCGGUACCGGAUGGACAGGCCCGACGUGCUGCGACUCUGGCUUCAGCUGUUCCCAGAUGAACUCCUGGUACUCCCAUUGUGUGCCGAAGGAGUCCAUCCCAGAACAGACACAACCUGUUUCUCUAGCCGCUUCCGAAAUGGUUGACGACGAGUGCUAUCACAUGUUCAGCGAGCUCAGCUUCAACACCCUGGUCCAGUCUUUCCCCGCUAAUCCUGAUAGUGAAGCAAAAGCUUACGUCGACUGCAAGCUCUGCAGCCGUAGUGGCAUGCAGUGCACGGCCAAUGUCUUCGGUGGUCGCACUCAGCUCGUUGCAUCACACAUUCACCUGGCCUCCGAUGGAGAUGGUGAGAAUGGUUCAGGCCCUCCAGUGAUCAACUUCUGCGGGGACAACGGUCCUGGAAUGAUUGCUGAUGGCAGCUCCUACAAGUCUCCUUGUGCACACUACAAGAACCGUGCUGCCGUGAUGUCCAUGACGGGCAACUUCGUUGACGGGCAGAAUGCUGGCUUCACGUUGGGAUCCCGGUUGAAAGAUAUUGCUUCCAACCCUUCAAAGUAUUACUUCAACUUCCAUUCCAUUGCCAGCUGGACGCACUGGCAGGUCGAGGGCAAGGGUCCGGUGGGAAUGUGCCGCGGCGUGAUGCAGAUGAGUCAGAGGAGGUUGGGCUCUGUGCUCGUGUAG